AAUAAACCAUUACGUCAGCAAUGACAAUGCGUGAAAGCCGAUAUACAGACACAUAAAUACAAAGUACCAUUCACUUGAGAAAAUCACUACCGUCCGCUUCAGACUGGUGUAUAAAACUUCAUCAACUGUGUUUGUCUUGGGGUUAGAGAACAAGCGCUACCAUUAGAAAUGGCAUUCACAAAGUUUAUAUGUUGCGUCUUGUUCAUUGGGACGAUAUAUUUAUCACCCAACGUUGUAAUGGGUCGCGAUAUAUUCACAGCUUAUAAUCAUAUGGCAAAACUUGCGUCGGUUGAACUAGAGCUUCACCAAGCAUUGCAAGACUAUAUCACUUCUGAGGAGACGAAAUUGACGAAAUUGCGCGAGUUUUCAAAGAAUAUCGCGUCGGCAAGAAAGCUGAACGAGGACUCUACGACAUUUCUCACGGACUACGCCGCAAAUCCAAUACGCGCGUAUCUUAUGUUGAAGCGCUUCGUAAUGCAAUGGGGACAAAUACAAAAGACAAUGGAAGGCCAACAAGAAUUAAUUCUUGGGCGUUUACAAGACAACAACGAGUUACUCCCUUCUGACGUCGACUUGGACGGAGCACUCAAAGCGAUUGCCCGAAUUCAGGAAACCUACCAUCUCCCCCCGUCGUACAUUGCGGCUGGACUUCGCGACCAGCCUACGGACGAGUUACAACUAGGCGUUCAGGACACAUACAGCAUAGGACGAGAUUCCUAUCUCCAGGAGAAAUACUACAACACUAAAAUAUGGAUGGAGGAAGCACUAAGACGGAUGAACGGCUCAACGGAUAAAGAUGGGAUAAAUAUAAGUGACAUACUGGAUCAUUUGGCUUGGGUUGAGUUUAAGCUAGGAAAUGUUCAACAAGCAUUGAACUACACGGUUGAGUGGCUGAGGAUAGACCCAGACCAUGAACGCGCGCGGGCCAACCUGAUCUAUCUAACGAGAGAGAGCGAACGACAAAUGGGAGACGAUAGCAGUAAAGUAGAAAAGCCUGACACUGAGAAAAAGAAGAAGUUAAAACCACAUCAGAGAAAACGAUACGACUACAGAAACUUUGACUGGCCAACUGAGAAAGAGAAUUACAAACGAUUAUGUCGUGGUGAUGAGAUGCUCACGUACGAGGAAAAACAAGACGACAAUAAAUUGAAAUGUUCCUACUUCACUAAAGACCCUUUGCUGAAGAUCAAACCAGCCAGAAUGGAACGAGUUUGGGAGAAACCGCCAAUAUAUAUCUUCCGAGAGUUUGCAAGCAAAAAAGAAAUUGAAGAUCUUAAGGUCAUCUCCGGUCCUCAACUGUCUCGGGCAACUGUUCAUAAUCCAACAACUGGGGUGAUUGAAUUUGCCAGUUACAGAAUUAGUGAAUUUUCUUGGUUGUACGACACAGAUGGGUUAGCUGUGGCAAGAGUUAAUGCAAGAUUAGCAGCGGUAACUCAAUUGGACGUUUCAACCGCAGAAGGUUUGCAGGUUCAAAAUUAUGGAAUGGCUGGCCAAUACGACCCGCACUUUGACUUUUCAAGGCUCAAACUUGAGAAAGCCAGAGCUGCGAAACCGCACGAACUGAAAUUAAUAAAGAGUUUUGGAGAUGGAAACAGAAUUGCAACGGCACUGUUAUACAUGAAUAAGGUUGAAGCUGGUGGAGCCACAGUGUUUCCAUAUGUCGGAGCUCGUCUAACGCCAUCUGAGGGGGAUGUUGUGUUUUGGCAUAACUUGAUGAGAUCUGGUGAUGGAGAUUUCAGAACAAGACACGCAGGAUGUCCAAUUAUCUCUGGGACAAAAUGGGUUGCUAACAAGUGGUUUCACGAAGCUGGGCAGGAGUUUAAACGUCCAUGUGGUCUAACACCGGAUGCUGAAUGAAAUAUAAAUUAAAUAAUUCCGUUGAGAAGGCGAUUUGUGCUUUAUUUCAAUUGUAUAUAUAGAUUUUUUGCAGGAUUCAUAACAAUAAAAGCUGAAGAGUUAUUUAAAUUGAGCGGG